AACAGUCCGGUAGAGAUGGUGUCUGGCUGGUUUCGGAUACGCAUGCGGGCGCUAUGGUGGAGCACUCGGCGGAUAGCGUAUGUACCUAGGCAGUGAUGAUCGUAUCGAACCCUGGGCCACAGCUGGGAGCCACCACCCACAGAUUCAUCCUACCUAAGUACAACCCGUCACUUCCCUUUCUAAGGUUGCCCGUAUGGCUUUUCGAAUUGAGACGUGAGAUUUUCGGCUGCCCCAUGAGUCUCUGCUUGAUCCUUUCGAAUGAGGCUUUGGUUGAUCAUCUGUCAUACCGUAUUCCCUCAUUGCUGCAGAUAUUCGAUCAUCGGCUUGGGCCGCCUCGUUCCGGCCACGCUGCGGCCACGCUGCGGCCACGCUGCUCGCUUCCGUGCUAUUUGUGUGGUUCCUAGGUUCACGGACACACUGAAACAUGGGUGAGCCGUAGAUGGUAUACGCUUCCUCGUCAGCAACUCCUUAGGGCUUGACAUAUCAUCUUCCGUAUUGCAAUCAACAUUAUACCGCGGUGCAUUACUAAAUCCACGUGUUUAGAGGGUUCUUGAGCCUUGCCUUUUGACUUCUUGAGGGAACGUCCUGGGCCGAUGACUA